CAGCCGUUCGGCAGCUACGAGUCUCGCCGCUCGUCCUCCGCCGCCUCCUCGGCGUCCUGGGCCAACCCGUGUCCUCGCCGCGGCCGCCUCCUCUACGCUCCGCUCAUCCUGGUGGAGGAGGAGGGCAGCCCCCCCUGGGGGGGAGGGGGGGGAGGGGGCGAGGGGAAGAAGGGAGGAGUAGGAAGAGGUGUCAAUGUGACGGGUGCAGCACCCAGAGCGGCGUGGUACGGUGGCCCAGCAGGGACAUCAGCUCCGCCCCCUCCGUACCGAGCGUACACCACCCUCAGAGUGCCCUCCCAGCUCGGCGCCCAGCUCAGCGACAAGCGAGGAUCAGCCGACAGCCUGGUGGAGGCGGAAGUCAGACACAUUCAGGACAAAGCCAGGACACAUGUCCCUCACCGCCUCCACCAGGCUGUCGGAUGA